CGCAAUGCCAUAUUCAUUUUAAUAGUAUUAAUACAGUGUUUACUCAUUUAUUAGUUCAACCAAUGACGUUUACAGAUCUGUUUUAACAUAAUCAUAAUGUUGUCAAAAAUAUUGUUACAUAAGAGAAUAAAACAAUUAACUAGCAAGAUAUGUAUAAGACAGCACUCUGCAAAGGAAAACGACAAAAAACCGGCUCUGCCAAAACCAGCUAAGAAGCCUAUCGACCCUCGACGAGUGUUCAAAAUCUAUCGUUUUCCUGGCAUAUUAUGUAAAGAAGAGCCGAAAUUGCAGAGCUAUGAACUUGACGUUAGUAAAUGCGGUCCCAUGCUUUUAGACGCUUUAAUAAAGCUAAAAGAUAUGGACCCCACACUCACAUUCCGGAGGUCCUGUCGAGAAGGCAUUUGUGGGUCCUGCGCAAUGAAUUUACAGGGUCACAACUGUCUAGCUUGCAUAACCCAAAUUCCUGCACAAAAAACGAUAACUAUUUAUCCUUUACCCCACAUGUAUGUUAUUAGAGAUUUGGUGGUUGAUAUGACACAUUUCUUUGAAGGUUACAAGAGUAUACGACCUUACCUGAUUAGGAAAAACGAGAGACCUCUUGGUCAAGUUCAGUAUGCACAAAGUCUUGACGAUAGCUUGAAACUGGUUGGGCUUUAUGAGUGUGUGCUAUGCUCCUGCUGUUCCACAGCUUGUCCAAGUUACUGGUGGAACGGAAGGAGAUUCUUGGGACCAGCUACUCUUCUGCAAGCUUAUAGGUGGAUCAUAGAUUCUAGAGACGAAGAUACGGAACAAAGGCUGAAAGAUUUGCGAGAUGAUUUUAAAGCUUUCCGAUGUCAUACUAUAAUGAACUGUACGCUGGCUUGUCCUAAGGGUCUCCAUCCUGGUAUGUUUAUUGCUAAGCUAAAAAGACUCAUAUCUGGAAUCGAUAAAAAACCACCUCCAGAAAUGGAUACGUUGAAGUACGCGUCUGGAGCGGGACUCGACGGCUGUGCUAAGAAAUGUUGAUCGUUGACGUGUUUCCGUUUUAUGUUAUUUUUAAAUUAUGUUUGG